CUAUGUUUUAAUAUUAUCGCGAUGAGGACAGUUUUCGCGUUCGCGUUCGUUUUGGCACUAGCAACAGCAGAAAAGGUGCCUACUGCUACCCAACAAGCAUGGGAUACCUUUACAAAGCCGUUCAGUGCAGAAUGUGUUGCAGAAACAGGUGUUAAACAAGAGUAUGCGGACAGAUUGUAUUUGUACGGCGAGUAUCCGGAAGACCAUGCACUAAAAUGCUACGUAAAAUGCAUCAGCGAACGUUUGGGAAUCUUAAACGCUGCCAGUGGAGAAUGGAUCUUGGAUAUGGUUCUACGUAUUCCUGGUAUAACGUCCGAAAUUUUCGGAACGUGUAAUGAUGAAACGAAGGCCGAUCCGGAUGUGUGUUCAAAAAGCUUUGCAGUUUUAAAAUGCUUUGCUCGCCACACGUAAUUGCAAAAUAAACUGUAGAAUA